AUGGCUACUAUACCUGUUGUCGUUAAACAUCAGGGCAAACGCCUAGAUGUGGAGCUCGAUCCGACCGCCAAUGGCGAAACCUUCAAAUUCCAGCUAUACUCGCUCACAGGAGUAGAACCGGAACGGCAAAAAAUUCUUGUAAAGGGUGGGCAGCUCAAGGAUGACACGCUGCUCUCCACGAUAAACGCAAAGCACGGCCAAACGUUCAUCAUGAUGGGAACACCCGGAUCUGGUGAUGCUGCCUUAGCGUUAGGCAAGCCCAAAGAAGCAACUAAGUUUGUGGAAGAUAUGACUGAGGCUGAGGCUGCGAAAGUCGAAGGUGCUACCCCAGCCGGCUUGCAGAAUCUUGGGAAUACAUGUUACCUCAACUCAACACUACAAACUUUGAGAGCGCUUCCUGAGCUCCAAGAAGAGCUCUUUAACUACAAAACGUCCUCACGUCCUCAAGCUGCUAUUUUUGGAUCCUCAUCCUCUACAGAUCUCACAGCAUCGCUGCGAGACUUAUACAAGCAGAUGUCGGAAACUCAGGAGGGGUUCCCCCCGAUGAUAUUUCUGAAUUCGCUGAGAACUGCUUUCCCCCAAUUCGCGCAAAAAGCUAGAGAUGGCCAUGGAUAUGCGCAGCAGGAUGCGGAGGAAGCCUGGUCCCAAAUUGUUUCCCAGCUUCGUCAGAAACUAGUGAUCAAAGAUAAGAGCAAUGAUGAUGAAGGCGCUAAUAAAGAGGUGUCCUUUAUUGAUAAGUACCUUUCUGGUAGGUUUGAUACGGUACUUCAGUGUGAUGAGCCGGCUGCGGCUGAUGCAGGUGAUAUGCCUAUUGAAUCAACCGAUAUCUUUCUCAAAUUAAAUUGUCAUAUAAGUAAGGACACAAAUCACUUACGGGAUGGUAUUAUGGCGAGCCUAGAGGAAAAGAUUGAGAAACGCUCGGAGGCACUUGACAGAGACGCAGUGUUCACCAAAAAAUCCCGUAUUUCCAGGCUACCAAAAUACCUUGCUGUGCAUUUCGUUCGAUUCUACUGGAAGCGGGAGACCCAGAAAAAAGCCAAAAUUAUGCGCAAAGUUACCUUUCCCCAAGAGUUGGAUGUUGUGGAGUUUUGUACGGACGAAUUGAAGCAACACUUGGUUCCCGUUAGGGAUAAAAUUCGAGAAAUUCGAAAGGACGAACACGACAUGGAAAGGGCUCGGAAGCGCCAAAAAAGAGAGCAUCAGUUGGAGCAAGAGAAACCGGCCGAUACAUCCGUGAAGGAGCCCCUACAGAAAAAGAAGGAAACAGAAUCUAAGGCCGCGGAUGCAGGUCAGAAAGAAGAAACUGACCAGGUUGAAGUUUACAAAACUGACGCCGAAUACGAAGCCGAGAAAGCGGCGGCCCUUCUGGCAGCCAAAAAGGAGCUAUUUAGGCUCAUCGACCCGACUUUGGCUAGUGAUGAAGGAGCUAACAAGUCAGGGCUGUAUGAACUACGUGGUGUAAUUACUCAUCAAGGUGCCAGUGCAGAUAGCGGUCACUACACUGCCUAUGUCAAAAAGCAAGGAAAAUACAUAAAUGACCCUCAAGCACCCAAUGGGAAACGACGAGAAGAAGAUGGGAAAUGGUGGUGGUUCAACGACGAAAAGGUGUCUGAAGUAGGGGAAGAAAAGAUUGAGAUGCUUUCUGGUGGAGGCGAGUCACAUUCUGCCCUUAUACUCCUAUAUCGCGCUAUCGACCUACCAACUACCGAGGAAAUCAAGGAAUAA